GGGCCAGCGCCGGGCAUGCUCAGUAGGCGCGGCGCGUCUGGCGGCUGGUGGCGCGGCGCUGGCCCCGCGCGGAGGGCUCCAGGGCUGGCGCGGGAGUCCACCCCGCCUUCGCCGCCGCGGCUGCGGGCUUGCAGAAGGCCGAGCAGUAGCCGCCUCCGAGCGCCUCGCCCCCGCCCUGCUCCGCCCCCCGCCCAGCCGCCGCCUCCUCCUCCUCCUCCUCUUCGUCUCUCCCUCUCUUCGGGAGGCGAAGCUGGUGCUGGCUUCUGCCGGCGCCCAGCGCCACAGACCUCUCUGCCAAGCCAGCCAGGACCCGAGAAUGAAACCCGGAGACCAGAAGACCCUCGGUGGUGGCUCUUUCUAGUCACACUUUGCCUGAAGUGGGGUCGCGGCGGAGUUCCUCCUCCACCGCUCCGUGCAAACACUAUGCGGACAGCAGUCGGCUUCCCUGCGCUGUGCCUGCUUCUUAAUCUUCACGCUGCAGGGUGCUUUUCCAGAAAUCAUGAUCAGUUCUUGGCAAUUCAUCAGAAGAAGAGUGGGAAGCCAGCAUUCAUUUAUCACCAUUCACAAGACAUUGAGAAGAGCCUGGAUAUAGCUCCACAAAAGAUAUAUAAGCAUAGCUACCAUUCCUCUUCCAAAGCACAAAUAAACAAACAGCAUCAAAUUGUUAAUUCAGCUUUUCCUCGACCUGCAUAUGACCCAUCUCUCAAUCUGCUGGCCGUGGCUGGUCAAGAUCUUGAAGUGGAAAACCUUCCAAUCCCUGAAGCAAAUGUAAUUGUGGUGACACUGCAAAUGGACGUAAGCAGGCUGAAUAUAACCUUGCUUCGGAUAUUCCGCCAAGGAGUGGCCGCAGCUCUAGGAAUCUUACCCCAGCAAGUGCACAUCAACCGCCUCGUUGAAAAGAAGAACAGUGUUGAACUAUUUGUGUCUCCUGUAAACCGAAAAGGAGGGACUUCAGAUGCUCUGCCGUCUGAGGAAGUGCUGCGUUCACUUAAUAUAAAUGUUUUACAUCAAAGUUUAUCCCAAUUUGGAAUUAUAGGAGUCUCCCCUGAGAAAAAUGUUUUACAAGGGCAGCACGAAGCGGACAAAAUCUGGAGCAAAGAAGGAUUUUAUGCUGUUGUCAUUUUUCUCAGCAUCUUUGUUAUUAUAGUAACGUGUUUGAUGAUUCUUUACAGAUUAAAAGAAAGAUUUCAGCUCUCCUUGCGACAAGAUAAAGAGAAAAAACAGGAGAUCCACCUAUCGCCCAUUGUGUUACAACCAGCACAGUCUGAGGCAAAGACAGUCAACAGCAUGGUCCAGCCCGAGCAAGGCCCCAAGGUGCUGAAUGUGGUUGUGGACCCGCAAAGCCGAUACUCUCCUGAGAUCAAGGCUACCACCUCUGUCUGUCCUUCUCCUUUCAAAAUGAAGCCCAUAGGACUUCAGGAGAGACGAGGAUCCAACGUAUCUCUUACAUUGGACAUGAGUAGCUUGGGGAAUGUUGAACCCUUUGUGGCUAUCCCAACCCCACGGGAGACGGUGGCAAUGGAGUAUCUGCAGUCAGCCAGCCGAAUACUCACAAGAUCACAGCUGAGGGACGUCGUGGCAAGUUCACAUUUACUCCAAAGUGAAUUCAUGGAAAUACCAAUGAACUUUGUGGAUCCCAAAGAAAUUGACAUUCCCCGUCAUGGAACUAAAAAUCGCUAUAAGACCAUUUUGCCAAAUCCCCUCAGCAGAGUGUGUUUGAGACCAAAAAAUGUAACUGAUUCUUUGAGCACCUACAUUAAUGCUAAUUAUAUUCGGGGCUACAGUGGCAAAGAGAAAGCAUUCAUCGCCACACAGGGCCCCAUGAUCAACACCGUGAAUGAUUUCUGGCAGAUGGUUUGGCAGGAAGACAGUCCCGUGAUUGUCAUGAUCACAAAACUCAAAGAAAAAAAUGAGAAAUGUGUGCUUUACUGGCCAGAAAAGAGAGGAAUAUAUGGGAAAGUUGAGGUUCUGGUCAUCAAUGUAAAUGAAUGUGACAACUACACUGUUCGAAACCUUGUCUUAAAGCAAGGAAGUCACACCCAGCAUGUGAAGCAUUACUGGUACACCUCAUGGCCCGAUCACAAGACUCCAGACAGUGCUCAACCUCUUCUACAGCUCAUGCUGGAUGUCGAAGAAGACAGACUUGCUUCCACGGGCCGGGGGCCUGUGGUCGUCCACUGCAGUGCAGGGAUAGGUAGAACGGGGUGUUUUAUUGCUACAUCCAUUGGCUGUCGACAGUUGAAAGAAGAAGGAGUUGUCGAUGCGCUAAGCAUCGUCUGCCAGCUUCGUGUGGACAGGGGCGGCAUGGUCCAAACUAGUGAGCAGUAUGAAUUCGUGCACCACGCUCUGUGCCUGUAUGAGAGCAGACUCUCGGCUGAAACUGUCCAGUGAUUCUCUGAAGAUUUACCAGACCCUCCAGCUCUAGGGGUAGUUAACCAAUUACCCACCCGAGGCUUCUAGAAGGAGCUUCCUGCCGUGGAAGGAAAGCGAAGUCCUGAAGCUGAGCUGUGGCACGGAUCGUGGAAGAGGGCAACAAUUACAGAUCGGCAUCCCCUUGUGUAUAUGAAUGCAUCUGUAAGCAUCCCCUAAAUUAUUCUGAAGGUCCUGUGCUGAUGGAGGUAUGAUAGACUUCUCCCACAGCUAAGGAGGAUUUUAUUUGUCCGUAUUGACUACCUGCCACACAGAAUGUAUGUUAUGAAAUCCUCGGUGACAUAUGUCAUCAGAUAACAACUGGAAGAGCUGCUGAAGACAUUAUUAUUGUGUGUUUAGAUGCUUUAAUGUUUGCAAAACCUGUCUCGUGAAUGAACUGUCAGCUGUUAAACUGUUCCUGUUUUAAGUGCUAUUACCUUUCUCAGUUACCAGAAUCUUGCCGUUAAGGUCGCAAGUGAUUGAUAAUAGAUUUUUAACUAAUAAGUCCUUGUUUUUGAAAAAAAAAAAAAAA